CCCAAGGAGGAUGAUGGUAUUAUUCCAGAAUGGCGAACGCUCGAGCACUGGGAAAACACCACUAUUAAAGGCAUGCAGACCGCACAUCUAUGGGAAGCUGUGAGAGGAUAUACUGUUUAAACAUCCAUACAGCUGGAGCCGGAGGCUGAGGACGAGUCUGGCCGGGAUUUAAGGGUUUACGGAGCGUUUACGGAUCGAAUGAAUCUCGCUGAAGACCAAGCGAGCGCGAGCAAGUCGCUGAAAUCCGGUUAAUAACUAAACAUCAGUAGCAGGUUAAGAUUUAUCGCAUCAGAAGUGCAGAAAAUCGUCCUCGGAGCGCGUUUUUUGUAUUUUUCUGAACGCCCGUGAAGGUGACCGGCUGUAGCCGCAGGAGUCGCUCUCGCGUGCGGCGUGUGUCCGUACGCGACGGCGGGGAUGCGCGCGGUGAGGCCUCUUGUACACUGGAAGAUAUCAGACAGCAAAAAACAUGGGAUUUUAUGGGUUUGCGCGUUGCACAUUAUGUAGAUGUUGCGUAAUUGUGUGCAUUAAUGGUGCAUGUGCAAGCAGCUGCGGUAAUCUGUCACCACUGUGAACCUCGCAUGAAUUAGUUGAGUUAAAUGCACUUUAUUUCUCUCAUAUCACUGUGCUUUGCGUGCAUGCCCGCGUUUAGUUUUAAUAAACUCAAUUUGCACUGCAUUUUAGCUCCAAGGGCCGGACUAGCAAUGCUUAAAACACUGAGAGGAGGAGGACCAAGUGGCUGUGAAUCCUGUCGACCCUGUUAUACACUGUAGUGAAAGAAGCCUCAGUGCAAACAACAAAGCUUCGAGUUAUCUGAUUCUGCUCAGCUGAUUUUGAGACUGAUUGUGUACGAUUUAGUUUCUUUGAACGGAAAGAUGAUUCAGUCUUCAGGAAUCUUUAAUCUGGACAUCAACUUGAAGCUUCGUAGAUAAUACAGAAUGUGGGAUAUUGAUUCGUCCCAUGGGGGAAUCUAGCUGUGUUAUGACACUACCAUAUACAGUGUACUGAAGUGAUUUCGCAGACUUUGUUUUUGUUUUUAAACGGGACGAUGCUGGAGAGAAGGACCACUGUGUUGUUGUCUAACAGGGAACUUUGACCCCUGAAGUGGCGAAAGGACAACAAUCACCUCAAGGAGUGGAAAAAGGAAAUACAGCUCAAACACAACUACUGACAUGAUCUCAAACUGACAUCGAAACACUACACUAAUAACCGGACAAGCCUCCGUCAUGAAUGUCCGACAUCCGACCUCCACGCUGGACAGUCCUUUCGCUGCGUGGUUGAGCAGUCUGACAUUAGGAGACUCUGAGCGCAGGUCUUCUCCUGGCCAGCAGAGGGAAACACUGCCUGAUCUCUCUUCAGACAACACCGGAACGGGUUUGGUCCAAAGAUGUGUGGUUGUGCAGAGGGACAAUCUGGGGUUCGGCUUCACCGUGUGCGGAGAGAGAAUCAAACUGGUGCAGAACGUCCGGCCAGGUGGAGCAGCGGUGAAGGCUGGAGUUCAGGAAGGAGACCGAAUCAUUAAGGUCAAUGGCUCCAUGGUUUCCUCCAUGUCCCAUCAGGAAGUGGUGAAGAUGAUCAAAUCUGGGACGUAUGUAGCACUGACUCUUCAAGGGCCGCCUCCUUCGUCCGUCCCACUACAGCCCCUCCCCUCUGACCUCCUGCUCAAUCACAGGACAGCACCGGGUGAAGCCCCGCCUACUCCGCAGACUCCACUCACAGGAAGCAGCACGCCGACUCAGAGGAUCACAGGACCCAAACCGUUACAGGACCCCGAGGUGCAGAAACAUGCCACAGAAAUCCUCCGAAAGAUGCUGGAGCAGGAGGAGGCCGAGCUGCAGAAUCUUCUGGAGGAGCAGUCCAGAAACCCUUCGGUUUCAUUGGAGGAGCGGAUCGAACGUGCCAAACGAAGAGCCAGUCAGGUCAGAGUGAAGAUCCAGCAGGACGUGGAUGGCACUCGAUCGGACGCUGUUGCUAACUAUCUCACAGCAGGAGAAGGUCGGUUGUCUAUAGACUCCAGUGAAGGAGACGUGGAGGUGUGUGAGAGCCCCUUCUCCUCUCCAUCCUCCUUCCUCAGGAACCCUCUGAUCCACCGGCAGACCUCCGACACACACACCUCUGACACGGGAAAGAUGCAGAUCAUUGGACCAGAAGAAGAAGAGGAGGAUGAUGGGUACACGAUCAAUGAGAUGGACGGGCCGUUUCAGGACAUCGAGCUGCUGAAGAGUCGUCCGGCACACAUGACGGUGUUCAUGAGAUACGUCUUCGGUCAACUGCUGGAUCCAAACCCACUGUUGUUUUACUUGUCAGUGGAGGCAUAUCUGGGUUCGAGCCCGAAAGAUGCCCGGUCACUUGCCCCACAGAUCUGCUCACACUUCCUGGACCAUGAUGCACCUCUGAAGAUUAAAGUGCGUGAGGAGUUUCUGACUGAUAUCGAGAAUCGUCUUCACGCUCAGGAGGACAUUCGAGGACCUCUUUCUGAACUCCAGCAGCAGGUGCUUCCAGAUAUCCAGGAUCAGCUGCAGGACUACAGGAGUAAGCAGACGAUGGGUCUGGGCUCUCUGUUUGGAGAGUCUGACCUGCAGCAGCUGGAUGGAGACCCUGUCAAAGAGAAGCAGGUGGUGGACAAACAGAUCGUGGCCCUGUGGGAAAUACUCUCAAAACAUGAGGAGGACAGAAGUUCUCCGUUAGCAUCUGCCGUUCAUCUGUAUCUCCGGCAUUCGGGAAUUAAACUCAGAGACUCCAAAGUGUUUCCCGGCUUGAUGUCCGAGAAGGAAAAGUGGCUUCCUUUCUUUCCCAAAGCCAAAAAGCUGAGCAGCGCAAAACGAGAGAGAGAUGGAGAGGACAAGAAGAGAAACCCCAUACUGAAGUACAUCGGCAAACCCAGGAGCACAUCGCAGUCCACGUUCCAUGUCCCCCUGUCCCCCACCGAAGUUCGUCCGGGCAGCGUGAGGAACAUCAUUCAGCAGUUUGAGAGUAAUUCGGACUCUAUGGAGGACGGAGAGCUGGAGGGGCAGAGGUUGUCCGGCAGCUUCGGGGAGGACAGUAUGGAGAGUCCGACCAUAUCAGUGCGAUUGGCUCGCAGCGAGUCUUUAAAAGCUCAGGGGGAGGGGCGUCGGCGAGGAGGCGGGACGGGGGCGGAGUUUGUGCCUCGUUCCCGUAGUGACGUGGACAUGGAGGACUGUGAGGAGAGGGAGGGGCCCGGACUGAGGCCGUUACAUCACAGCGCAUCAUCAUCAGCCUCCAGCAGCUCCGCACGGUCGUUGGAGAACCCGACGCCGCCAUACACGCCUCGGUCUCAGCGCAGGAUUGUGGAAGUUCCAGUGUCUCUGUUACCGGACGCUCCGGCUCUGGAUGAGGACGUGAUCGACUCGCAGAACUGGCAGGACACGGUGGAGCCGCACAUAUUAGCAUCGCUAACAUCACGAGAGAUCGACAGACAGGCUGUCAUCUACGAGCUGUUCACCACGGAGGUUUCACAUCUGCGAACGCUGAGGGUUCUGGAUCAGGUGUUUUAUCAAAAAAUGCAGAGCGUCCUCAGUCCAGAAGAGCUGUCCUGUAUUUUCCUGAACCUCCGUCAAGUCUACGAGCUGCACGCGAGUUUAUGCGAGUCCAUGAAGAAGUGCAGGGAAUCGGUAAUAGUUCAGGGCAUUGGAGACAUCAUGCUGGCCAGAUUUGAGGGAGAGGCGGGAGAUCAGUUUGAGGAGCAGGUUUCGCAUCUGUGCAGUCAGCAGAGUCCGGCGCUGGAGCUCAUCAAGAACAAACAGCGAAAGGACCCUCGAUUCGCCCACCUCAUACAGGAGUGUGAGGCCAGUCCUCACUGCCGGCGGCUGCAGCUGAAGGAUCUGCUGGUGUCAGAGAUGCAGCGCUUGACCAAAUAUCCACUGCUGCUGGACAACAUCAUCAAAUACACAGAGACGAGUUCUCCUGAUCUGCCGCUCCUCCAGAGAGCUCAGGCGUGCUGUCGUGGGAUUCUGCAGGAGGUGAAUGAGGAUGUGAGGGAAACUGAACACCGGCAUCUGCUCAGCCAAUACCAGCGCAGGCUGGAUGCCACGCCUCUAGAGAGACUGGCCAAUCCCGUCGCAGCGCAGUUCAAGAAUCUGGAUCUCACCACCAAGAGGAUGGUCCACGAGGGGCCGCUCACGUGGAAAGUCAGCAAAGACAAAGCCAUUGGAAACUUUGAAAACAUCUAA